UCAUAUUUUUUUUUCCUAAGACUUGAUUUUCUAUUUGCUGAAUCAUGUGUUUGUGUUUGUAUAUGUGAUUGACUUGUGAUUUUCGAUGGAUUGACCAUUAUUUUUUUUUUUUCAAUUCGAUUGAAUUUAUCAAUAAAAUUUUUGUUGUUGUUGUUGUUGUUGGAAAAAUUAAAAAAAAAUUGAAAAAAAAACAAAUGGUAGUGUAUAAUAGUGGUCAAAUAUCAACGACAACGACGACGACAACAACACUAACAAAUGAUUUAAAUAUCGAACCAUUGUCAUUGAUUAAUGAACAAAUCAUGUUUCAGAAUACACAAACAGAAACUAUACAAAUUAAACAAGAAUCAUCAUUAUCAUCACCUGUUAAUGCUAUGAAAACAACAACAACAACAACACCAGCAUCAGAUUUAUCAAUUAAACAUGAACCAAAUUUAUCGCCAAAUAAAGAAUGUUCAAAAAAUUUAAAUUUACAUAAACAACCACAAACAGAUGAUUCAUUGGUACAUUAUCCACAUGAAACUGAAGAUAAUUUUUCCAUUUCUGACAAUAAAAUUCAUUCGAAUUCCAAUAUUGUAGACAUGAUGACACAUGGUACAAAUGGAUCAACAUCAUCAACGACAUCAUCUGCAUUACAUCAUACGAAUACGGAUACAGAAUCACCGAUGAUUGCAUGUCAACAGUCAAAUUAUAUUAAUCGUCACCAUCCUAUGUAUUCUACUAGUGGUACUACUAAUAGUUUUUUUAAUUCAUCUACUAACGCCCAAUAUAAUCAUCAUCAUCAUUCGGCAUCAUCAACAUUAGUGAUGACACCAAUAUCAUCACCAUUUUAUGAUGAUGCGGCAACCAGUAGUACUGGUCUAUCAGCAACAUCGGCAAUCACGAUGACAGCCAGUGAGAAUAAUACAAGUCAUUUGAUGUCACAAUCGGCACAUCAUCCUUGGCUUCAAACAAUGGCCCGGAAUAAUCAUCAUCCUCAUCAUCAUCAUCAUCAUCAUCAUCAAAAUCCUCAUUAUGCAACAUAUUCAGAAAUGUCGGCCACAAAUGAUUGGCCAAAUGUUCCCGCUUUUGCAACACCAAAUGUAAAUUCAUUUACAUCGGCAACGGCAAAUUCUCCACUUGCAACUUACCAUCAAAUAGCAUCAUAUUCAAAUCAAAUUGGUACGGUUUAUACACAUCCUCAUGGUCCAUACGCACAUCGUAGUUCGAAUAAUGGAUUGGAUUUUUAUAAUUAUCCUUCCUAUACACAUACACAUCCAUUUUUUCCAUCACCAAGUUCAACGGGAAUGACAUCGGCUUCUGGUGGAUCAUUUCCACCAUUGACCGUUGGAACGGAAGAAUCACCAGUGGGUACGGCGAUUUAUCCAACAACAACAACAUUUGGUCAUAUAAAUUCAAGUCCAGAUUCAGGUGUAACUGGUUCAAGCGAUAGUAAUGAAUCACCAGUAUCAUUGAAUGGAUCGACAAUUCAUUCAUUUGGCAAUCAAUAUAGUAGAACGGAUAAUACAAUACAUUCAUCAAUGACGCCGAUUAUAAAUCGAUCAUUACCAUCAAAUGGUAAUGAUUUAUGUAUUGGUUUUAUUAAAUCAGGAUCAGAUACAUCACCAUAUCUAUAUUCAAAUGUGGCUAAUUCAGCUAACAAUGCUGCUACUACUGUUAUUAAUGGCUAUCAAACAAUUAAUGUUGAUGAUGAACAAAAUGAUGUUCAACAAGGAAAAAGUUUACAAUCACAAACGGCUAGUAAUAAUGAUGAUGAUGAUGACGAUGGUAAUAAUAACAUUAAUAAUUCUCAUCAUCAUCAUCAUCAUCAUAAUCAUCAUCAACAACAACAACAACAACAACAUCAAAAAUCAACGAUUUUAGUCAAUAAUAUAACAACCAUAGAAAAUGAUCAUCCAAAUACAAAUAGCCAAACAAAUAAUCACAAUAAUAAUCAAAAUAGUAAACCAACAUUUGAAUGGAUGAAUAAAUCAGCCAAUUCAAAUUCAUCACCAUCAAGUACAGGAAAAACUCGAACUAAAGAUAAAUAUCGUGUUGUUUAUACAGAAAAUCAACGUAUAGAAUUGGAAAAAGAGUUCAUGUUUUCACGUUAUAUAACAAUUAAACGGAAAUCCGAAUUGGCUAGCCAACUUUUAUUAUCUGAACGACAGGUAAAAAUUUGGUUCCAAAAUCGUCGUGCAAAAGAUAGAAAACAAUCAAGAAAAAAAGAAGAAAUAGCUAAAAAGAAUAAAGAAAAAACAACAGGACGAAAAAAUGCAACAACAACAACAUCAGUAACAACUACCGGUAUUCUGGAUGGAUCAAUUAUGAUGAAUAAUAAUUUAACAACAACAGCAGCAGCAGCAGCAGCCGCCGCAGCAACAACAAAUAUUAAUGGUGAUCGAUAUGCACCAUCAUCAUCAUCUUUGACCGGUAUUGCCGGUGCAUUAAUUUCGGAUAAUAAUUCUAUUGUAAUUGAUUCACCAUCACCGACAGCCAUUCAUGAUAUUAAUGGUAAUAAUAACCUAGCCAAUCAUCAUCACCAUCUUCAACAUCAUCAUCAUCUUAGUGGUCAUAUAAAUCCUCAUUCUUAUCAUCAUCAUUCAAAUCUAAUGUUGGCUGCACAUCAUUCAGCAUUACAGCAACAACAACAACAACAACAGCAACAAUGUAGCCAAUUUUCCGAUAUGAAUAAUCAUAAUUCAUCAACAACAGCAACAACACCAUCAUUAUUAUCUUCAUCUGAAUCAACAAAUUUAUCUGCAUUAUCAACAAUUAAUAAU